AUGCCGCCAGUUCAACAACAUCAAUACGGUCAUCAACCGUCAAACUUUGAAAAAUUUAAAAUGGGUGCAAUUAUGGGAUCCACCGUAGGAGUAUGUGUUGGUGUUUUAUUCGGUGGGUUUUCAAUCUUACAAAAUGGUGCUGGACCAAAUGGAGUAAUGAGAACAUUGGGUCAAUAUAUAUUGGGUUCAGUCGGUACAUUUGGGUUAUUCAUGUCAAUAGGUUCAGUUAUAAGAUCUGAUAGCAAUUAUCAAGCUUAUGAACAAGCUAUGAUUGCUUCUCAAAGAGCAAAAUUACAUCUGAUCUAUGGUAAAGAAAAUUGA